UCCAGCAAAUUUGAUAGCUGCCGCGCGCAGUGAAGCGGUGAAGCUGUCUAUGUCUUUGUUUACACAAAAUAUUGAUAGUAUUCCCACCUGGACGGGCUUAAACGCCACAGGAGUACGAACCGCCUGAUACUGUUGUUGUACCAUCGUUUGCAAACUUUGACUUCGGCGGCCAUGUUUGCAGUUAUCGCUGUUGGUUGUCUCCUAACCUUCGGUCUUGCGAACGGAAACUGGACAGCCCGCAGAAAUGAUGCCUCCUUUGAAGACCUGGAGUUCUUUGCGUGGAAUUUAGAAUGUAACGACGCCAAAACUGUGUGCUCAAAGUGCUUCGUGGGACACCCGUACGAAGGCGCGGACAUAGUCAUGCAUACAUUCGAAUACACGAAGGACCCGUACAAGUUUCAGUUCACAACACAACCUGCAAAUCAAGAUACGAAGGCUUCUUUUGUCCAAAAUGAUGCCUUGGAGAAGUUUCACUUUUGCAGCGAAAUCAACAACUCGGCCGCCGACAUCUCCCGCGGUUGGACUUGGACCCUGUGCCUCGAGAACGACUUCACCGGUCUGACCGUGCCUCCGGACUGCCCCUCGCCCGUGGCCGUGUCCAGGUUGGUCGGCCACAUGAACGAUGCCAAACUCGCCGGCCAACAAAUCAUGUACUGCUUGCCUUAUUAAAGGAAUACACAUGGAGAUCUUGAUAAUUCAAACCUUAAGGGAAUAGGUUCAAAAUUUGACUUAAGCAGAGUUUUGAGUUAUAAAGCAGGGUUGUAUAAUCAUUGUUAUACUACUGAAGGG